AUGGCACAUCAAUCAGGUGGAAAUCCUUUAUGCUGUAGCUUUGGAGAAUUUACUAGUGUAAAUAAUAUAUUUUGUGAGUCAAAUGCUAAAGCUGAUUGUAACAAAGUUCUACCUCUGAUAUCAUGCACCAAAUCCAUUGAAUCUCACUGCAGACGUUUUCAUAUAAACUUUAAAGAUGUCAAUAAUGAAGCUGACUUAUUAAAAUAUCGUGGAGGAUUGUUUGAUAUACCAACAGAGCAAUGCACAAUUUGUCCAAACCAUAGGUACAGAUUAGGCUUAGGAUGGAGAAGCAGUCAAUUAUGCAUGCUGAAAUAUUGUUCAAGGGGAAAGGAAACACAAAAAAGAAAGAAACCUCUUUUGAAAGGAACUAUUGCUUUGUGUCAGUCCCUUUAUCUGUGGAAACAAAGACACCAAUUAAUACAGAUUGGACCAGGGGUGUGUACUUUUUGUCGGAAAGAAAUAGUGAAAGAAUUAAAGGACCAUGAAACAAAGGAUAAUAAAGAUUAUGAAUGCCAGCUGAAUAAUGAAAGUUGUAUUGAAAGAGAUCUAGAGACAAAUAUGGAGUUGCACAGUCAGUUUUACCUAGCAGAUCAACUUGACUAUCUUAUGGAAGAAUCACAAUCAUUAGAAGAAAGUGAGAGAUAUGAAAUUACAAAUGAAAUGUAUGUGAAAAACAAGCAGAAAAAGGAAUGCAGCAGUCCUGGUUACCUUGCAGAAUUUGACAAAUUUGAAGAAAAUGAAUCAGUAAAAGAAAGUGAGACAACUGAAAUUACAGAAUUUUCCCAGACAGAUUUUACAGAUGAUGAAUCUCAGGGUAGUGUUUGGCGGCCUGACAGCCAAGAGUCUGUGCCUGAAAAUGACUUAAAAAGAAAAGCCCUGGAUUAUUUUUUGACUGUUUGUGGUCUAGAUCCAGUCAGCCAGCUACAGUGUAAUUGGGAGAAAGCAUCUGAGCGCACUAGAAGAAAUCACACAAAUACAGCAACUUCAAUCUUUCAAGAAGUUUUGAAUGUUAUUGCUCCUGGACAAGUGUCUUCUUUAUCAAAUGCUGUGCUACAAAGAUUGUCUUCAACACAAUCAGAUGACAAUAAUAUGCUUGAAGUUUUAUCUGCUGCAUAUAACCAAGCCACAGAUUGGGGAACACAAAGACAGAUUUUAUCUCUGUUUGGGGGAAAUUACUCCUUGAAAGCAAUCAAGGAAUUUAUUCCUGACUUGUCAAAAUACAAGUACACCACAGCCAGAAAACAUUCUUCAAUGAUUGGUAAUGGACAACCUGUUAGUAAAACAUCAUAUAGUCGAGAGGGUUUGACAGAUGAGCAGAUAAGCCAUUUCAUGGACUUCAUUAUGAGUCCAUCCAUAAUGACAGAUGCACCAUAUGGAGAGACACAUCUCAAGAUUUCAUCAGGGGAAGUGUUUCAUGUGCCAAAAAUAAUAUUGAACAGUGUAAGAACCCGUGUUAUUGAACAAUAUGAAUCCUAUUGUAAAGACACACAUUUUGAUGCCACAGCAAGUUCACGAUCCUAUUUGAGAAUAAUGAAGGCAGUUGAACCAAACAUUAGAAAGUGCAUGAAGGGGUUGGACAACUAUGCUGCUGAUGGAGCCAAGGCGUUUGAAGAUCUAAAAAAAGUUGCAGAAUUACUUGGAAAACUGGGGAAGGGAGCACUAUGGCAAGAGUCUAUCCAGAAAUCCUUAACCUUGGGGAAGCAGUACCUCAAAAUAGAAUACAUGUUGCAUAUUUCCAAAGAAUCUGAAACUGCAGACCAUUGUUGUAACUUUGCCUUAUCAGAUCAAUCAAAAGAAUAUACUGCUUCUUGUCAACAUGAGCACAACCAAGUGUGUAAGAAAUGUGAUGACUAAACAGAAACCCUGGUAAAAAUAGAGAAAUCAUCAGAUGAAGUAUUAUAUGAGUCAGCUGAUCAAAAAGAUGACACCAUAUACAUGGUUGAACAGAGUAUAAAGGCGGUCCAAGAGUGGAAGAAACACCUCCUGAGAUCCUAUAACCAGGACACAGCAAGAAGUGAGAUUCUGCAUAAAUUAUCAAAAGAUGAAGUUUUGGU